AUGGGCGACAUCUUUGACGCGGGAGCCAAUUCCAAGCUCUUCACUCCUCUCGACAUUGCCAACGGCAAGAUACAUCUCAAGCACAGAAUCGUUCACGCUCCUCUUACCCGAAACAGAGGAACGCCGCUGAACCCCGAAUCGACUCCCGAGAACCCUAACCGAGUUUGGCUUCCCAAUGAGCUGAUUGCCGAGUAUUACUCUCAGCGAGCUACUGAUGGCGGUCUUAUCAUCUCUGAGGGUCUCCCUCCCUCACUAGAGGGCAACUGUAUGCCAGGAGUUCCUGGAAUCUUCCUCCAGGAGCAGGUACAAGGCUGGAAGAAGGUUGUUGAUGCUGUUCAUGCCAAGGGUGGAUACAUCUACGCUCAGCUCUGGCACUCAGGCCGUGCCAACAUCCCCCAGCUGACCGGUACACCUAUCUUGGCCCCCUCGGCCACGCCAUGGGACGACCCCAACGAGACCUUCGCCUACCCUCCUCCUCAUACUUCCACUCCCGUUAAAUUAGCAGACUAUCCUCCUGUGGAGAUGACUGUCGAGAAGAUCAAGAGUACUAUUGGUGACUACGUCAAUGCUGCUAAGAAUGCACUUGCGGCUGGGUUCGAUGGCGUUGAAGUCCACGGAGGAAACGGUUACCUUCCGGAGCAGUUCCUCUCUUCCAAUAUUAACAAACGAACGGACCACUACGGUGGCUCAGAGGAGAAGCGAUGCAACUUUGUCCUUGAACUUAUGGACGAAUUGGCCAAGACUGUUGGACAGGAUAACUUGGCUAUUCGUCUUACACCCUUUGGUCUCUUCAAUCAAGCCCGCGGUGAAAAGCGAGUCGAGACAUGGGGACACUUGUGUCGUGAGCUCAAGAGCCGAUUCCCUCAGCUCUCAUACGUUAGCUUCGUUGAGCCUCGCUAUGAGCAGAUAUUCUCCGAAGCUGAGAAGCAGCAGUUCCUUGGGUCUUGGGGACUUCCCACCGUUGACCUGUCGCUCUUCCGAAACAUUUUUGCAGGAACUCCCUUCUUUUCAGCUGGUGGCUUCAACGAUGUCAACUCCUGGGGGGUUGUUGAGAGCGGUAAAUGUGACGGUAUGCUUUAUGGAAGAUACUUUAUCAGCAAUCCUGAUCUGGUAGAGAGAUUGCGAAAUGGGUGGCCUCUCCAACCUUAUGACCGGUCUACCUUUUAUGGGCCUUUUGAGGAUAAUGCUGCUGGUUAUACUGACUACCCUUUCUACAAGGAAGAAUAA